ACCGACUAUAUUAUCCCAAACAAACAAAUGUACAAGGGUGGGAUUCAUUUGCAUUUUUGCAAAUAUCUUUACAGUCUCCUUAAGAGAAGACAGCUGAAGGCUCCUGUUUGCUUCUGUGUUCAGUCUUGGUUUAAGUAUGUGAAGGAAAUCCAUCCCCAUCUCGUUAGGGAGGGGUCUCUUGCAUCAUUCUUUGGAUAUUCUUUGCGGCUGCACUGAAAACCCCCUGAGCAGAAUUUUCUUAAAGAUUUGUUCUAAAGCAGAGUCUUCACCACAUGAAUGAACUCUUCAUGGUCUGACAUGAAAAUCCUUUGGUCUGUCUUACUUUGGGUGGAUGUUUUACUCUUUUUUUUUUUUCCUGACAACUUCCUCACAUUCUUGGAGUAGGAUGUUUUAUUCUUCCAGGAUUUCGUACCAUUACGUAUUGUUUGGAAAAUAGUGGUUCACGGAGUCACGCAGACCUUCCAAUUGUUGACACGUUUAAUGGUAUAACCUUAGACGACCACUUUGUAUCCCUGCCCGUCUCAUCAGGAAAGUCUUGAAGAUGUGUGAAGCUGGUAGGCUCGUGGUGGAGGAUACGAAUGUUCUCAAUUCUAAUUUUUGCUUGGGAACUCCAUUUUUAUUACGGUUGUUUUCCCUGAAGUGACAUGCUCACUUUGUUCACGUUUGAGAACAUGUCUGCCAAGUACCCAUGUUUUGUCUCUCAGUCAUUCUUUUUAGCAAAAAUGGUGUUGAAUAAAAAAAGCAGUGCGUUCAGCUCGCAGCCCAGCCGCAGCGAGGCUUCCCUGGGAUGCCUGUGCCUUCGGUUUGUAGCAGAAGUGCUUGUUGUGUAUUUUCCAUUUUGUCUCACAAUGUUAAGAAGGCGUGUACUUAACGGUCAAGAUAUAAUCAGAUUGAUGGUUUUCCCGGCUUCACCGUGGAUGUUGUGACUUGAAGCUGCCUUGUUCUUUUCUGUGAGAAGUUGGGAGGACCUCACUCAACCCAACCAGCCUUGGGUUAAGUUAGGCCCCAGCGACUUUACCUGCUGCUGCCUCUGCCCCACCAUGGCACUGUGGUGAAAGAGAUAACAUCUGGGUGUCAUGAAAAUGGUUUUGCCUUGUAGAGCCUCUGACAGGAUCCUGCUGAAUCUUGGGUUUGGGGACCAUACUUAGAGAGCUGCUGUCUUGAAGCCCAAACCCACUGCUUUUUCUCCUUACUCACCAUUUUAAUUUACAGAAUUCAACCUCUUCCCGAGAUUCAGAUUUUUGGUUUCUGUGUUGGCUAGGGAAGAUUUAGAUCCUGAUCUGGCUGGAUGGGAUCAGAUAACACUCAAAAUGGGCCAGGUCCCACCAAGAAGUUGGACUGGCACAGGUCACCCGGGAGGCCCGUGUCACCCUCAGACGGGCAGGAUGAACGACUGGCACAGGAUUUUCACCCAAAACGUGCUUGUCCCUCCCCACCCACAGAGGGCACGCCAGCCUGUGAAGGAAUCAGCAGCGUUCCAGUGUGUCCUGAAGUGGCUGGAUGGACCGAUCGUUAGGCAGGGUGUGCUGGAGAUGCUGUCAGAGGUUGAAUGCCAUCUGCGAGUGUCUUUCUUUGAUGUCACCUACCGGCACUUCUUCGGGAGGACGUGGAAAACCACAGUGAAGCCGACAAAGAGACCGCCGUCCAGGAUUGUCUUCAAUGAGCCCUUGUACUUUCACACACCCUUAAACCACCCUCAUAUCGUGGCUGUGGUCGAAGUGGUCGCUGAGGGCAAGAAACCGGAUGGGACCCUCCAGACGUCGUCCUGUGGGUUUGGAAUCCUUCAGAUCUUCAGCAGCCAGCCGGAAUCUCCUACCUCUGCUUCCCAGGACAAACGGUUGCAGCUGUACCACGGCACCCCCAGAGCCCUCCUGCACCCGCUUCUUCAGGACCCCGCAGAGCAAAACAAACACAUGACCCUCAUUGAGAACUGCAGUCUGCAGUACACGCUGAAGCCACACCCGGCCCUGGAGCCUGUGUUCCACCUUCUUCCCGAGAACCUUCUGGUGUCUGGUCUGCAGCAGAUCCCUGGCUUGCUUCCAGCUCAUGGAGAAUCUGGCGACGCUCUCCGAAAGCCUCGCCUCCAGAAGCCUCUCACGGGGCACUUGGACGACUUAUUCUUCACACUGUACCCCACCCUCGAGAAGUUUGAGGAAGAGCUGCUGGAGCUCCUCGUCCAGGACCACUUCCAGGAGGGAUGUGGCCUGCUGGACGGUGGUGCCCUGGAGAUCCUGGAGCGGCGCCUGCGUGUGGGUGUGCACAACGGUCUGGGCUUCGUGCAGAGGCCACAGGUGGUUGUGCUGGUACCUGAGAUGGACGUGGCCUUGACGCGCUCAGCCAGCUUCAGCAGGAAAGUGGUCUCCUCUUCCAAGACCAGCUCUGGAAGCCAAGCUCUGGUUUUGAGAAGCCGCCUCCGCCUCCCGGAGAUGGUCAGCCACCCCGCGUUUGCGGUCGUCUUCCAGCUGGAAUACGUGUUCAGCAGCCCUGCAGGAGUGGACGGCAAUGCAGCUUCGGCCACCUCUCUGUCCAAGCUGGCGUGCAUGCACAUGGUCCGCUGGGCUGUUUGGAACCCCUUGCUGGAAGCUGAUUCUGGAAGGGUGACGCUGCCUCUGCAGGGUGGGAUCCAGCCCAACCCCUCGCACUGUCUGGUCUACAAGGUCCCCUCAGCCAGCAUGAGCUCUGAAGAGGUGAAGCAGGUGGAGUCGGGUACAAUCCGGUUCCAGUUCUCGCUGGGCUCAGAAGAACACCUGGACGCACCCGUGGAGCCUGUCAGCGGCCCCAAGGCGGAGCGGCGACUUGCCGGGAAACCACCCAUGUGCCCUUCCAGCCCGCCAGCACCAGCACCUCGAGGUCUCGCUGCCCUGCAGGACUCGCCUGUGGGACCAGGGCUGUCGAUUUCCCAGCUGGCGGCCUCCCCACGGUCCCCAACUCGGCACUGCUCGGCCAGGCCCACUUCUCAGCCACCCCAUGGCUCUCGGGCUUCCCCAGCCCAGGCACAGGAGUUCCCGUUGGAGGGUGGUAUCUCCCACCUGGAAGCCGACCUGGGCCAGACUUCCCUGGUCCUCGAAACAUCCAUUGCUGAACAGUUACAGGAGCUGCCAUUCACGCCUUUGCAUGCCCCUAUUGUCGUGGGAACCGAGACGAGGAGCUCUGCAGGGCAGCCCUCGAGGGCCUCCAUGGCGCUCCUGCAGUCCUCUGGCUUUCCUGAGAUUCUGGGUGCCAAUAAACAGCCAGCCGAGGCGGUCAACCCUGCAGACCCUGUGACAUUUAACCCUCAGAAGGAGGAAUCGGAUUGUCUGCAAAGCAACGAGAUAGUGCUACAGUUUCUCGCCUUUAGCAGAGUGGCCCAGGACUGCCGAGGAACGUCAUGGCCAGAGACUGUGUAUUUCACCUUCCAGUUCUACCGCUUCCCACCCACGGCGACGCCACGACUGCAGCUGGUCCAGCUGGAAGAGGCCAGGCAGCCCAGCUCCAGCGCCCUGACCCACAUCCUUGUGCCUGUGGGCAGAGACGGCGCCUUUGAUGCUGGGUCUCCUGGCUUCCAGCUGAGGUACAUGGUGGGCCCCGGGUUCCUGAAGCCUGGUGAGCGGCGCCACUUCACCCGCUACCUGGCCAUGCAGACCCUGCAGAUCGACGUCUGGGACGGAGACUCCCUGCUGCUCAUCGGCUCUGCUGCCGUCCACAUGAAGCAUCUCCUCCGCCAAGGCCGGCCGGCGGUGCAGGCCUCCCACGAACUUGAGGUCGUGGCGACUGAAUACGAGCAGGACACCAUGGUGGUGAGUGGAGACGUGCUGGGGUUUGGCCGCGUCAAGCCCAUCGGCGUCCACUCGGUGGUGAAGGGCCGGCUGUACCUGACCUUGGCCAAUGUGGGUCACCUGUGUGAACAGAAAGCGAGAGAUGCUGGCACGCUGCCACCGUCCAGGUCUCGGGUCAUCUCAAACGAUGGAGCCAGCCGCUUCCCUGGAGGCAGCCUCCUCACGAGUGGAAGCUCAAGGCGAAAGCGCGUGGUGCAAGCGCAGAAGCUGGCGGAUAUGGACAGUGAGCUGGCUGCCAUGCUGCUGACCCAUGCCCAGGGGGGCAAGGGGCCCCAGGACAUCGGCCGUGAGGUGGAUGCCACCCGCAGGCGCAAGCUGGAGCGGAUGAGGUCUGUGCGCCUGAAGGAGGCCGGGGGAGCGUUGGGCCGGCGCGGGACCAGCGUGCUGGCCCAGCAGAGUGUCCGCACACAGCACUUGCGGGACCUACAGGUAAUUGCUGCUUACCGGGAACGCACAAAGGCUGAGAGCAUUGCCAGUCUGCUGAGCCUGUCCAUCACCACGGAGCACACACUUCAUGCCACGCUGGGGGUGGCCGAGUUCUUCGAGUUUGUGCUUAAGAACCCCCACAACACACAGCACACAGUGACCGUGGAGAUCGACAACCCCGAGCUCAGCGUCAUCGUGGACAGUCAGGAGUGGAGAGACUUGAAGGGUGCUGCUGGCCUGCACACGCCGGUGGAGGAGGACAUGUUCCACCUGCGCGGCAGCCUGGCCCCCCAGCUCUACCUGCGCCCACACGAGACCGCCCACGUCCCCUUCAAGUUCCAGAGCUUCUCUGCGGGGCUGCUGGCUGCGACGCAGGCAUCUCCUGGGUUGAGCAACGAGAAGGACAUAGAUGCCACGUCACCUUGGAAGUCCAGCACAGUGCCCACUAAACACGCCAAGGUCUUGUUCCGAGCAAGUGACAGCAAGCCCAUCGCCGUGCUCUGCCUGACUGUGGAACUGCAGCCCCACAUGGUGGACCAGGUCUUCCGCUUCUAUCACCCGGAGCUCACCUUCCUGAAGAAGGCAAUCCGCCUGCCACCCUGGCACACGCUUCCAGGUGCUCAGGUGGGGAUGCCUGGUGAGGACCCUCCAGUCCACGUUCGCUGCAGCGACCCGAACGUCAUCUGUGAGACCCAGCACGUGGGCCCCGGGGAGCCACGGGACGUGUUUCUGAAGGUAGCUAGUGGUCCAAGCCCGGAGAUCAAAGACUUCUUUGUCAUCAUUUACUCGGAUCGCUGGCUGGCGGUGCCCGCACAGACGUGGCAGGUGUACCUCCACUCCCUGCAGCGUGUGGAUGUCUCCUGCGUCACGGGCCAGCUGACCCGCCUGUCCCUUGUCCUUCGGGGGACGAAGACAGUGAGGAAAGUGAGAGCUUUCACCUCGCACCCCCAGGAGCUGAAGACGGACCCCAAAGGUGUCUUUGUGCUGCCUCCUCGGGGGGUGCAGGACCUGCAUGUUGGCGUGAGGCCCCUCAGGGCUGGCAGCCGCUUCAUCCACCUCAACCUGGUAGACGUGGAUUGCCAUCAGCUGGUGGCCUCCUGGCUCGUGUGCCUCUCCUGCCGCCAGCCGCUCAUCUCUAAGGCCUUUGAGAUCACGUUGGCUGCGGGUGAAGGGAAGGGCGUCAACAAGAGGAUCACCUACACCAACCCCUACCCCUCCCAGAGGACGUUCCACCUGCACAGUGACCACCCGGAGCUGCUGCGGUUCAGGGAGGACUCCUUCCAGGUUGGGGGUGGAGAGACCUACACCAUCGGCAUGCAGUUUGCACCUAGUCGGAGAGCUGGGGAGGAGGAGAUCCUGAUCUACAUCAACGACCAUGAGGACAAAAACGAAGAGGCGUUUUGCGUGAAGGUCAUCUACCAGUGAGGGCUUGAGGGCGGCGUCCUUCCCGCAGGCCCGGCUGGGGUUUGUCUGUGCCCCUGCUUCCCUGCAGGCCAUCCUCCCUGCCUCUCCGCAGCCUCUGACCUCAGGGCCCACCCGGCUGACCUGUGCACGUGGCUGAGAAAGCAGAGACCGAGCUCCGGUCAUUUUGUAGCACCUGCGUCCAGCGUCGCUGCUGCCGACAGCAGCAGUCCUGGGUUCUGUGAGCGUGAAUUUGUGGCGGCGGCCCUGGCUCUGGUGCUGCCAUCCACGCACGUGGGACCCACGUUAUCUCUGUUGCUCAAAAUAUAUUUUAUGAAUCAUCCUAAGUGACAAAGUCAUGUUUUUCUUACUGGAUUUUGUACACACAUAAUCUGUUAUUUGCUAUGCAAUAUUUUAUGCUGGUGUUAUAUCUUUUUUAAAUUGUUGAACAAAAUACUAAACUUUUACACGCCUUCC